AUGACAGACAAUUCAAUACCACAAGCUAUAACUAUAGCAUUAACUAAACAACAGGAUAGAUUAUAUAUACUACAUUUAGAAAAAGAUUUAAUCAAAUUUAUUAAAAAUUCAAUAUUAGGAAAUAUUAAACAUCCACAAUAUAUCAUACAAUCUCAAUACUUGAAAAACUCAUAUUAUAGAUUAUUACUGCAUCAAUUAUGUUCAUAUUAUAAUUUACAACAUUGGAAUACUCAACAAAAUGAAAUAUUAGUUACUCCUUCAACAGACUUCAAUUAUCAACAAUUUUUAAAUCAAAUUGAGUCAAAUCAAUUUAUAAAAUUAAUUGAUAUUGCACCACAAUUUCAAAUUGAAUCUAAUUCAACUACAACUACAAAUUCUCCAACUCCAGAAAUACAACAACCAAAAUUAAAAACAAAAUUAAUUAAAAAACCAAUGGAAGUACCAAAAACUACCAAUAUUAAUAUUUUACAAGUAAGUUCAGAAAGUAGUAGUUUGAGUACUAGUUCUCAAGAUUUAGAUAUUGAAAGUCGAAGAGCAUUAUAUAAAAAAAUGAGAGAAAAGAUAUUUGAAGAAGAAGAAAUUGAAUCAAAUAUGAUUGAGACAAAUAUACAGAAUGAACCAAUAAAUAAAGAAGAUUAUAAACGAUAUACUAGUUUUCAACCACCCAUGCCAUAUUACCCAAUGAUGAAUCCAUAUUAUAAUCAAUCUCCAAUUAUAUAUGAUGCAGAAACAGAAAGACGAAUAUUGAAUCAAUUCAAUCCUUAUAUAAUCAUACCCGAUGAUAAUAAAAGACAAUACAAAGGAAAGAGACCUAAUAAACUGAAGAAUAAAUUUAAUUAG